AUGGGAAGAUACCUUCUACUUGUUGGUAAUCGUUGCAAGCUUAUGGCCGCACGUAUUCGAUACACAUUUAUGCCACCAAUAAAAGUCAUAGUACCUAGCUAUGAGAUUUAUCCCACAAGUGGCCGUUAUGCUUCGAUCUUUGCGUACUCCCAAUAUAAAACCUCAAUGACUAUCAAUAGAAGUAAUUUAGUCGGUUUAAUUUCAUCAACAUCGAUUAAAGACUUCGGCAAGGAGAAAAUUCAGGCCUUUUCCGUCUUGUCGAAAUCCCAGACUUCCGUUAUAAAAUCUAGCCCAACAACCCUCCUCAAACCGACUGAACCAGACAACUGCUGCAUGGGUGGCUGUGUUAAUUGUGUCUGGGAUAGAUAUCACGAAGAAGUUAAGGAAUGGACGAAUUCCAAAAAUAAAACCAACGUCAUAAUAGAGCACCCACUAUCGAGCACAGGUGAAACUUCGAUCAAAGAAGAAAAUGAACAACAGGGGAAUAUAGUCUCUAGUAAUCAUCAAUCUGGAGUUCAUGCAAAAUCUUCAGUCGAAGUCGACCUAGCAUCGGAAGAUAAAGCGAACUCUAUGCCUGAUGAUUUGAAGGAGUCUGCAGAGGUAACACCAUAA